AUGGUUCUGUUGUUGACAGGAUAUUUGGAAGCAACAACAAAUCUUGUCACUUUACAAAAGGAGAAUGAAGAUUUGAGAGCCCAAUUGAGGUCUGUUUUGACUGCAUCUCAUGGCCAUACUAGCACCAGCUCUAGAGGUAGUAAUGGUGUCCAUUCUGAUGAUGACUAUUACGAUGAACUAGCAAACCAGAAUCUUGAUGAGAACUGA